GGCGGGUGCCGGGGAGCGCGCGGCCGGCGAAUAUUUUUCCUUGAGGGGCUCUUGAAGAAAUCCUGGUGAAAUCAUGGACGCUGAAGAUGACUUGGAUCUGUUGGCCUCCCUCCUGGAAGAAAGCGAGGCAACUGAGGAGGGGAAUUCUCCUGAGGAGGAAGAUGCCCCAGAGGAUGAUGGGGGAGAACCAGAUGAAUAUGAUGAGCUCUUUGAUGCAGAAGAUGAUGCAUCCUACACUGAGGAGGUCGAUGCUGAAGACAACAUGAUUGAUGAACAGAAGGAGAACCUGGCUGCGCUGUUUGGAGAUGUGGAUGACCUGCUGGAAGAGGAGGAAGCAGAAGAAACUAUCCCCACUUCAGCUCCCAGUCAGGCAAAAGAGAAGACCAACGAAGAACUGCAAGCUGAGCUGAGAAAAUUGCAAGAACAGAUGAAGACAUUACAGGAGCAGUUGCAGAAGACUGCUAUUGGGCAGCAAUCCAGUUCAAGCCCUGAGAAGAGAGCCCCUGGUAAAUCUCCCUGUCCACCCUUAAAGGAAAGGAAAGUUCAGAAGCUGCAAGAGUCACCAAGUUUCUCAGCCCAGCUGGGCAAUCCUUUGCCACCAGCCAAACGAGGAAUCCAGAAAUCAAAGGCAUCUUCAGCAGAGAACAAGACUCCUCCUCCACGACAAGUCCUCAGUCUGGCGUUCCAGCCUCUCAAGUCUGCUGCAGGGAACACACCCAGUAAGGUGACCAGAGAGAAGAAUCCUCACAUGCCUACGUGCUCCAGUGCAACAACUCAGCCAGUGUCUGUGGAAACCUUCUCAGGACUGAGAUUAAGAAAACCCCGGGUUUCGUCGGCUGAAAUGGACAGGAAAAUGGCUAAUCGGAAGCUCAUCCGACUGUCCCAGCUGAAAAGCAAACUUGCUAUAGAAAAUCUGGAGGAAAUAGACUGGGUAACAUUUGGAGUCAUCGUGAAGAAGGUCACUCCUCAGAGCGCAAAUAAUGGCAGAACCUUCAGUAUUUGGCGUCUGAAUGACCUACGGGAUCUCAAUCAAUGUGUCUCACUCUUCUUGUUUGGUGACGUCCACAAAGAGCACUGGAAGACAGAGCAAGGCACAGUCAUUGGGCUGCUCAAUGCUAAUCCUAUGAAACCUAAAGAAGGCUCAGAUGAGGUGUGUUUGUCUGUUGAUCAUCCCCAGAAGAUCCUCCUCAUGGGUGAGGCUCUGGACAUGGGCACCUGCAAAGCCAGGAAGAAGAAUGGUGAUCCUUGUGCACAGAUUGUGAACCUGAACGACUGUGAAUAUUGUCAGUAUCACAUACAAUCCCAGUACAAGAAGCUCAGCUCAAAGCGGGCAGAUCUGCAGUCGACCUUCUCUGGUGGCCGCAUUCCCAAAAAAAUUGGUCGGAAAAAUCCCAGUUUGAAGGAGAGGCUGUGUCAGGAUGGGUUUUACUAUGGAGGCGUCUCUUCAGCAGCAUAUGCAGCCUCAGUUGCAGCAGCUGCAGUGCCAAAAAGGAAGAUUCAAACCACUCUCUCCAAUCUGGUCGUGAGAGGAGCUGAUGCAAUUGUCCAGGAAACCAGGCAGAAAAUUGGUGCAGCAAGGAGACCCAUGCAAUGUUCUGAGGAAUUCAAGGAACUGCUGGCACAGCCAACCUUUGGAGCAAGAAACCUCUGCAAACACUGGACCAAAGCAGAUGCUGAAAAGAAGCAAGGGGCCAAUUUCCAGUCUAUCUCUGCUUCAGCACUGCUCAAGCAACAGAAACAAAAAUUGCUGGAGGCCAGAAAGAAGCGAUCUGAAGAGAUUCAGCGGAGGUUUCUCCAGAACACAAGUAAAGCUGGCAGCCCUGCUAUCCCAUCCUCCUCCAGACAGUCCUCGCUCCCUUCCCCAGUUCCUGGGGCAGAGUUUCCCAAAGCUGCAAAAAUGUCAACUCCUCAAAGGCCCAGGCUGGGCACAGGCUUCUCAGAAGGAGAAGAUAUCCUUUUCUUUGAUGGGUCUCCACCUCCAACACCAAAGCUAGACAGCUUGGCAGAAGCCAAAAAGCUGGCUGCAAUACACCGACUACGAGCAAAAGGCCAGAUUCUUGCUAAAACUGACCCAAACAACGUCAAGAGGAAAAGAGAUGAUGUUGACAAUGUCCUAGAAAUUGUUGAAAGGGUUGAGAAAAAUUUGGUCUCUGUAGGACUGAGCCUUUUUGUCUCCCUAGAUAUGGACAAACUGGAGCCUGUCCAAAAGAAACGUCGUGAGCAGCUGGCCUAUCUGGAGUCAGAAGAAUUCCAGAAAAUCCUGAAUGCCAAGUCCAAGCACACAGAUGUCCUGAAAGAGGCUGAGGCUGAACUGCAGGAGCAAUACUUCCAGCCACUGGUGAAAAAGGAAGAAAUGGAAGAGAAGAUGAGGAGCAUCAAAGAAGUGAAAUGUCGAGUUGUGACGUGUAAAACGUGUAAUUACACCUAUUUCAAGCCUCUGGAGACGUGUGUGCAGGAUAACCACGACUACCACUGGCAUGAUGCCAUCAAGCGAUUUUUCAAAUGUCCUUGUGGAAACCGAGCUAUUUCCCUUGACAGGCUCCCAAAAAAGCCCUGCAGCACCUGUGGCCUCUUCAAGUGGGAGCGAGACGGGAUGCUAAAGGAGAAAAAGGGUCCGAAGAUUGGUGGGGAAACACUUUUACCAAGAGGCGAGGAACAACCAAAAUUUCUCAAUAGUCUGAAGUGACCUGGAGUUGAUAAUUUUUUUGGUUUUUCUUCACAACAUAAGAAUGGAUUUCUGUGUUUAAACCACACAUUUCUGUACUGGAAUUCUGAGAGGAGUCUGGUUGUAUGGAUGAAUGAGCAGGGAAGUCAAUUCCUGAUGAGAAGGACAACCACGAAGUCUCCACCAGGCCACUACAUGAUAUUUGGCUUUGAUCUUUUUAAAAUUGACUGAAUAAGGCUGCAUGUGAAAUACACGUUCAUGCCUGUUCUUCCUUACUAACAACUUGUUUACAAGAUUUAACCUAGAAAAGAGACAGCUAGAAAGGAACUUGUAUGAAGAAGUCCCUAGGGAUCCCGCAAUUUUUGUUGAAUGGCUGGUGCAGAGUGACCUCACCAGAAUUUUAAGUGACAAAUCAUCAUGAACCGGGAGGACUGUAAACUCCCUAAGCGCUUGUGAAGUUAAUGCUGUGGUGCCUAAGUGCCAACCUGUCAAAGUUUUUCAGCUGUUGGCCGAAGAGGGGUGUGAGAGGGUUGUAGCCACAGAGCAGUCUUUGGCAUCAUUGGCAUCAUUUGGAGCACUGGCUCCAAAAAUUACUUGCUUUGAACCCUUAAGAACAGAUGUGAGACAGUUCCUGAGUUGUCACCUUGGCUUAUGUGUUAAGAAAAACCUUCAGUGGCUUUGGCGUUGCAAGCCAGCGGUGUUUACACUCCGGACUGUCGGGAGAGUUCCCAGCACCAUCCACACUACAGCACCUUUUUGGCUGCAGACCUGCAGCUCCCACUUGGAAAUGCAUUUUAUUUUGUAAGUGGUUUUAAAGAGCUGAGUGCUUACAUUUAAUACCUUUUACCCUUUUUCUGGCAUUUUAAAUUUUCCUGAAAUCUUUCCUAGUCAUCACCGUGUCAAUCUAGGCUGCUGGCACAGCUGUGUGGGGACAGUAGCUCUCAGACCAAGCAGGACGAAGUCUCCAAGGGCUGUCUUCAUACAGGUGUUUUUCUGAAAGCGCAUAUCCGUCGGCAUGCCUGUGGUAUUUGGUCAGCUUUUCCUGGACCUGAUCCUUCUGCUGCCCCUAGCUCAUGCCCCGUAGGAUCACCAGGUAUUUUUAAGUGCCUGAAACCACUCGUACCUCCGUGAUUACGUGAAACUGCCACCAACAGUCUCCCAUGUCCCAGUGGCCUUGAUACCUCUUCUUGUUUGCACAAGGGCUGGAAGAGAAAUAAGUUACUUCAUUUGAAGCAGUGGGACGGAUUUGCCUCAGACGGAUUCUGCAGCCCUUAUCUACUGGUGCUUUAUCUGGGCAACUCUGCUCAGGACAUUACAUACAUUUCAGUCUCAGGUUGAUACCGUUUGUUGGGUGGAGUGUCACUGGUAGGUGACUGUAAAUAUGUA